AUGGAUGUUUGUGGAAGAACGUUCCAGAGGAAGGUCGACCGACGUCGGCACCGUGAAACACGUCCGAAUCCAACGGUGAUCAACGUACGUCUUUUUGCGAAUCUCGCUCUCAGUAUCUCAUUUCAUGGAAAUUUUCGAAUUCAGUCGACUAUCACAGUGCGAGAAUUUGCAACUACAGCGUCAGCAACAGUCGAUUCAACAAUUUCGAAUUUCGACAGCUCACCAAAUACGACGAAUCAACCGGUUCAUUCCGAGAGGACAAUUGAAGAAGAUUUGGACGGCAAUAAUCAGGAAUAUAACGAAUACAGCCCAAAGAAAUCGGGUGUUGUAUCAUUUGAAGCUUCUUGUUACGUCACUGAGAAGCUCUAUUCAUUAAAAAGAAUUAGUGAAAAAGGACAUAGCAUGGAAGAAUUUCUUGCACCGUGCAGCAAACGAUCAAGA